CAGUGCGCUUUGAACUACUUAACUACAUGAAUUGAAAUUAAGCCACGGCAGGAGAGGGAGGCUACGUACAAGUAGCUUUAUUGAUAUUUCUGAUUGAAAAAAUUGGUAAUUUUUAAAAAAGAAAAAAAAAGAAAAAAGCAUAAUGACUGCCAGAUACGACAGAGCUAUAACUGUCUUCUCCCCCGAUGGCCACCUCUUUCAAGUGGAAUAUGCUCAAGAGGCCGUGAAGAAAGGGUCUACUGCUGUUGGAAUUCGAGGAAAAAAUAUUGUCGUUCUUGGUGUUGAGAAGAAAUCUGUUGCCAAACUGCAAGAGGAAAGGACUGUGAGGAAAAUCUGUGCACUUGAUGAGCACGUCUGUAUGGCUUUUGCAGGGUUAACAGCAGAUGCACGUAUAGUGAUUAACAGAGCACGGGUUGAAUGUCAGAGCCAUAGACUUACUGUUGAAGAUCCAGUUACAGUGGAGUACAUUACACGCUACAUAGCAACUCUAAAACAGCGCUACACUCAGAGCAAUGGACGUAGACCAUUUGGAAUCUCUGCCUUGAUUGUGGGCUUUGACUAUGAUGGCACUCCAAGGUUAUAUCAAACAGACCCUUCUGGCACAUAUCAUGCUUGGAAGGCAAAUGCAAUUGGUCGCAGUGCAAAGACUGUGCGAGAAUUUCUAGAAAAGAACUACACUGAGGAAGCAAUUGCAACUGACAAAGAAGCCAUGAAGCUGGCAAUUAAAGCUUUGCUAGAAGUUGUACAGUCUGGUGGGAAGAAUAUUGAACUUGCUAUCAUCGGAAGGAAUCAACCCCUUAAGAUUCUGGAAUCCAAGGAAAUAGAAACACUAGUUGCAGAAAUAGAGAAGGAAAAGGAAGAAGAAGCAGAGAAGAAGAAGCAGAAGAAAACCACCUAAUUAUUUUAAGGACGAAUUCCGAACUGAACAUUGUUUACAUGUGUUACUGAAAGCAGUUAGUGUCAUAUUCUGUUAUAUAAGCUACAACAGGUCAACUACUUUAAUACUGGCCUCUUGACUGGUGUGCUUUGUGUCCCCAUUAAACCUUUCUGUUACAGUUGAAUUAAAUCAUUUUUGAACUCUAAAACAAAUGUCAUUCAGAUUUGUAAAGGCAUAAAAAAACUGAAUAAAGACUUGUCUGAUGAAAGUA